AUGCUAACAGGGUAUCUUUCCGUGCUACAGGACCAAGUCCUGUCCGGCUAUUUGCCAAAUCACAACAUCAACCCGGAUCUGGCCGCUUCUUCGGACUUCAAGAACCUUUGGACCUUUACCUCUCCGGAUAACAAGGAGCUGCAUCUCGCUAAGCCGCUCAUCUACACCCCGGCUGGCAGCCCGGAGCUGGUCAUUACCGCCUCCGAAAUGAACAAUGUCCGCAUUUUCAACAGCAAGACCGGUGCCAUCAUCAAGCAGCGUCAAUUGCAACCUCCGUUUUCCUCCGGUGACAGCAACUGCGGCGACAUCAACCCAUGGGUCGGCGUUACCGGCACCCCCAUUAUCGACGCCAACACCGACAUCAUGUACCUCUUCUCCAAGGGGUACAAGGAUGGCUUCACCUCUGGCACCGCAAACGGUAUCUACAAGAUGUACGCCAUCCGUAUCCCCACGCUUGAGGAUGUUGAGGGCUUUCCCGUCGUCAUCGAUGGCCACAACGCCGACAACGACCAUGCCCGGUACUUCGUCGCCGGAGUCGCCCUUCAACGGCCCGCGCUGACCGAGCUCAACGGCCACAUUGUCGCCGGUUUUGGGUCGCAUUGCAGCCGCUGGAACUACACCGGAUACCUCAUCUCUGUCAGCAAGACGCCCGGAGUUGGUGUUUCUGGUAUGUUCGCUACUGAGUCUGCACCGGGUGCGCCGAAGCCCCAGCCUCUCGACCUGGCCGUCGAGAAUGGAGGCAAGGCCGGUAUCUGGCAAGCCGGCUUUGGCCUUCCUACGAUGGGAAACAACAUUUUCUUCGUCACUGGAAACGGUCAAGGCCACCAGAACGGCAACAUUCCUGCCAACGGUCGCCUGCCCAUGUCGACUCUUGACGAAUCCAUCGUGAGAAUGGAGAUGUUGGAAGAUGGCAAGUUCAAGCUCAUCGACUAUUUCCAGCCAUAUGACUACAUUGGUCUUGAUGCCGGCGAUCGUGACGUUGGCUCGAGUGGUCUCUGCACCCUAGACGGAUCCGUGUUCAACGGUGCUGGCGUUAGCCGUAUGGGCGUUGUGGCCGGCAAGGAAGGUCGGGCCUACAUUGUCAACCUGGACAACCUGGGUGGUUUCCGCCAAGGUGCGAACGGCGGCGAUGCCACCGUACAGACCAUUGAGCUUGGCGGCUCGCUAUUCGGCGGCUUUGGUAGCUACCCGGCCGAGGGCGGCUAUAUCUAUGCGACCACGGUGGGCGGGCCUCUGCGCGCCUGGAAGCUCGGACACGAUGGUGCUGGCAAGCCCGUUUUCUCUCUCGCCGGGACUUCGCAAUGGAUUUCAGCUGGUCGUGUGGGCGUGGGCCAGAUGACAAUUACAUCCGACAACGGCAAGCAGGGAACCGGUAUCGUCUGGGUGACUGACCCCAACGAAGGUCUGGUUGCCUUCCGUGCUGUCCCCCAGGACGGUGUCAUGGUCCGUAUCAACACCCCCAAGAUCCAAGGCGCCAACAAGUUCCAGCGCCCGGCCUUCGGCAAUGGCCGUGUCUUUGUCAGUUCCAACGUCAAUAAGCUCUACGCUGUCGGCUCCAAUGUCGCGUCGGCGCUCAACUGCACAGACCCGGUCAGUUUUGGCGAUGUGAGUGCCGGCUCCGUCGCCACCGCAACAGUCACCUGCAAGGCCGUCACCCAGAUUUCUGCCAUCAAGGGCUGCUCACCCGCUGAUUCGUCGUUCCGGUGUGACAACUCAACGCUCCCUCAGGGUGCGGUCGCCUCCGGCACUACGUUCACUUUCCCCGUGACCUGGGAUUUGCAAACCCCUGGAUCCAGCAUCAAGCCCGGGUUUGUGAGUAGCUCGUUGACCAUCAGCCUCACUGCUUCGGGCGGCUAUGCGUCAACCGUGGCCGUGCCUGUGCAGGGAAACAUUGUAAGCAAGGGGCCGUUCUUGACAACGACCCCUACCGAGGUCGACUUUGGGAGAAUGCUCAAGACCGAUGGCCCUAUGCCUGGUCUUACAGCGGCUACUGUGCUCCAGAAUGCUGGCAAUGGCACCCUCACCUUCAUUGGCGCUGCUUCUCAGGAUACUCAAGGAAACUAUGUCAACAUCACCUCGGCCGGGCAGCUCGGCUCAGGCUUCUCGUCGAGCAACUUCCCGACCAAAGACCAGACACUUGCUGCUGGUCAAAGUAUUACCCUCUCGCUGGCUUUCAACGGCAACGCCAUCGGAAAUUACUCCACCCGUGUGACCGUUUGGUCGGAUGGUGGUGUAUCUAUCAUCACCCUGAAGGCUUUCAUCGCCAACCCGCCUGUCGUCACCUUCGACAUUUCAGACGGUGCUGGCGGUUGGCAGGCCCUCGAGAACUACAAAUUCUCGUUCGGCGACGUUGUUGGAGGGACCACCGUCCAGAGGCAGCUCCGUGUUUGCAACUCGGGCGGCUCAAACUUGAUCAUCAGUAUCUCCAAGCCUCCGUCGUCGGUUCAUCUUCUUGCCCUGAAUCCUACGACCGACCUGUAUGAGGGAACUCAGAUCGAGCCCGGCAAGUGUUCGGCCGGCACCGUUGCAGUUAUCCCCGGCACAAUUCAGCCAAACCACCCGGCACGAACUAUCACAGAUGCUUGGGCCAUCGGCAGUGACGGCCUUGACCCGGUGACGGGUCAGCCAUCUGGUCGCCACGACAUUACUUUCACUGCCAGGCUCGUCAGCAGGCAAGUCGGCCCCAAGCUUGCAGAUGGCUCUGCUCGUUACCAAUACGUGGGCUGCUUCGCCGACACCAAGUUUGGUCGCAACCUGGCCAACUCGGUCAACAGCAAGGAGCAGGCCGACAAGAACACGGUCGAGCAAUGCGAGCAGCUUUGCAUGGACCGUGGCUUCGCGAUUGCAGGCUUGCAGUACCACCGUGAAUGCUGGUGUGGCAACUCAUUCAAAUACCCGCAGUCGCUGAGCAACGAAAACGAGAACCUGUGCACCUUCGACUGCACUGGCGACGACACCGAGGCCUGUGGUGGUGAUGGUGGCUACAUGAGCGCGUAUGCCGAUGUGACCAAAUUCGAUAUCCCUGGCUUCCUCGCUGGCGUGAACAACGGCACUACUUCGAGCAGCUCGUCUGUUGCUCCCAGCAGCACGUCCUCGAGCACUACUUCUGGCAUCAGCUCCACCGUAUCAUCCACCGUAUCAACAACUUCGAGCUCAAGCACCGCAUCAUCAAGCUCUGUGUCAUCCUCGAGUGUAACUUCUUCGACCUCGGGCUCGAGCUCUGUCUCACCGUCUCCUACAUCAACAGGCUCUCCGCUCAACCCCAGCCAACCCCCCACUGUCGCCGACAGGUGGGUUUAUGCUGGCUGCUACCAAGACUUGGUCGACGACGUUCGCGUCUUGAGCGCGGCGAGCACGGCUUCGGAUGACAUGACCAUCGACAAGUGCGCGGCGUUCUGCACCAGCGGAGCAUACAACGGCGGUGCCUUCAACUUCUUCGGUCUUGAGUACGGCAGAGAGUGCUACUGUGGCUGGCAGGUAGAUGCAAGCCUCGCGGCACCGGAGUCGGAGUGCCCCAGUGCCUGCGCAGGUUCUUCUGUCGGUCUGUGCGGAGGCGGUAAGAGACUGUCUGUCUGGCGCAACUCGGUCCCCAACAAGGUCCCCUCGGAUCCUGUGCAUGUUCAACGAUCGGGCCCUUACAGGUGGAUGGGAUGCCGUACCGAGGGCACCAACGGCCGGGCUCUCAAGGGCAAAAGCUAUGCCGCAGACACUGUCGACGUCGAUGCCUGCUCGACCUUUUGCGCUGCUGGUAGCUUCACCUACAUGGGCGUCGAGUAUGGUCGUGAAUGUUACUGUGGAAAUGACAUUGGAGCUGGUGUCAAAGAGGCGCCCACUUCCGAGUGUAAGACUCUGUGCAAGGGCAACCGGCAGACUGGACUUCUACACCUUUGCUCCCCUCGCGUCAUCGGCCACAUCCAGCUCUACGAGUAG